CCCUCUUUUUCCCUAAAGAGCCUACACACCAACUCCACCAUCAUAAGUACAUUUCAAGAAUUCUUAACCCUUCAUCUUUUUUUUCAUUUCAUUCCUCUCCACAUCACAACAAACAAACCACAAUUCAAGAAAGGCAAAAGGAGCGUAAAAAAACAAACUCCAAACCCAAGAAAACUACCUUUUUUCUUUUCCUUUUCUCUUUAGUAAAUUCAAGAAAACUUUCAUGGCUCCUCUACUUUUCUUUUCCUUAUAAAGAAAUCUUUACAAGAUCAUCAGAAUCCGCCAUCUUUAUAUCUUUAAUUUGUAUAACAUAAGUUAUAUAUUUCAUUACUCCCACCUAGCUAGAACAACCACCAUUGAAGCCCAUCAUGCUGUUUAGAAAAUCCAUUUCCACCACCAAAAAACUCUUUCAGAAAACCCUAAACAACUUCAAGUCCUUAUUUUCUUCUGAUUCGUACCAGAGAAUACCAAAAACAUCAAACAAUCCAUAUUCAUACAACGACAUGAGUAGAACUGUCCAUUCAAGCUUCAACAACAACAAAGAUUUAGAUAAAUUCUAUCACGAAUUCAGUGACCGGUGGGAUAAUUCAGAUCAAAAUAUCAAACCCAAAGCAACAAAGACAACAAACAACGUAACAGUAACGCCGCCACAGCCGCCCGUGGCGGCUGUGGCCGAACCUAAACAAGAAAUGGACGGAGAAUUCAAGAAAUUCACCAAGGCUAGCAGUAACAGUCGUAACAAAAUGAAGGGUUUGACAAGAUUUCAAGAAUAUAAUAAAAGAGAUCAUGAAGAACGGAGUUUCUUGGUGGCACAGAAAUUAAAGGAGCUAGAGAUGAUUGACAUGAGCAAUGUUGAUCAUGUUUUGGACAUUGAAGAAGUUUUACAUUAUUAUUCAAGACUUACGUGUCCUGUUUAUUUAGACAUUGUUGACAAGUUCUUCAUGGAGAUGUAUGCUGAGUUCUUGAAUCCACCACCAGCUUAUUCAACUCCGCGCAGUGUCCAUUCAAGACCUCUAAGGCCUUCUUUACUCAGGUCAUAAAAUGAUUUUUUUUCCUUUUAAAUUUUUUUUAACAUUGUUUUAAGUUUGAGUUUUAAUCGCGUUCUCAUAGUUUUUUCUUCUCUCUUGUGUUUAUGUCACCGAUUAAUUGUCGUGUUCUCUAUGUUCAUAUUGAAUAUUUGUUCCUCUGGUUUGGAAAUUCUUUUAGUAAUCAAUUUCUAAUUACAUGUU